UAUAAUGUUAAUUGUCCUUUAAAACAUUAACAUUAUACAAAAUUGAGUUUUCGAUCAAGUAGAAUAUUUUUCUACAAUGGGAAUACAGUCGUAUAAAAGAUAUAUAGAGUAUAUAAAAUCUUCUGGAAUAUGCAUUGUUGUGGUUGGAGGCUGUUGGUUUUUGUAUCAGUUGCGACAAAUAUCACAAAUUUUGCAGUCCUCUGUACCCACUAAUGUUCUGAGUAAGGAGCAACCACAUACACAAUAUAUAUAUGUUGAUGAUCCACGUUUCAAAGAUGUUCUCAUGUUAAAGAAAAUUGAAAAUUUGCAAUCAUCUGUACCAUUGAAAUCACUUUCAUUUGACCAUACCAUAAUGAAAUGGUGGAAAUCAUUAACCCGUAACAUGGCAUAUAAAUUAUUAUAUAUUGCACAACAUGGUAAUAAUUCAGAACGUUUGAAGGCUCUUUGUUCUCUUUAUUCCUUAAAACAUUUGAAAGAUUGGCAUUAUCAGCAUAUCGCACAAAUGUUAGAUGCUAAAACUGCAGUAUCCCUUGCAAGAAUGCCAAAUGUUGAUACAAGAUUUUUUUUGAAACCACCAUAUUAUCAUGUAAAGCAUCGAUUUCAGGAUGUAUUAGAAAAAGUACAUCAAUUGCUUCUUUACUUAAAUUCAUUAUGUAGGAAUACACAUCCAUGUCUUACCCAAUUUCUUAAUAAAAACUUUAAAGAUACACCUUCUGAUAGUUUGAUACUUGAUCACGAUUUAACAAACUUAGGGCUGGCUGUAGCUCCAGCCAUAGCUUGGGAUGAAGAAUUAUUACAAAGUUGUGUUCAAGCAUUAUGCCAUCAUUCUGGCCUUGAGCAAUACAGCAAAGAUAUUAUUGAUGCUGGUGGUCUUCCAUUACUAAUGGUGCUAAAGAAAAUUUUUAAUGAUAACAUUAAUGUGUGUAUAUUACUUGCAAAAAUAAUUUCUAAUAUUUCACUCCAUUCAGAGUAUUUGCAAGAUAUUUUUCAAGCAGGUUGGAUUGGAACAUUGGUAGAAUGGUCUCAUAGCAGUGAUAUAAGAUUAUCAGCAAUAGCUAGUCGUGCAUUGGCAAAUUUAGAUAUGAAUGAGAAUGAACAUGUUAAAUACCCGAGAUGUAUCUAUCUUCUGCAUCCUUUGCAUAAAACUAAAGUAAAUACGAAAUUGGAUGUAAUUUUUUUACAUGGUCUACUUGGUGGUGUAUUUAUAACAUGGAGGCAAAGAGAUUUAGAUACACCUGAAGUUGGGGUUGUAGAUCCUUACAUCAUACAAGAUGGGAUCAAUUUUUCAAGUUUAAUAGAUGACCAAUCACAAGAAUUUUUGAAAGAUUUAGCUUAUGAUUUAAGGAAACGUGAAUGGGAUAAAGUAGGACAGGAUUUUGAACUAGUUUUAGAUGAUUGCCCUCAAAACUCUACUUCUAGAGGGAGUGGACCAUUUGUCUGUAGCGGGAAUGAUGUAUCUAUGGAUAAAAUUUAUUAUGAUAAGCAACAUAAAACACAGUGUUGGCCUAAAGAUUGGUUACCAGAGGAUGUCCCAUAUAUUCGAGUUAUUGGGGUAAAUUAUGACACUAAUUUGUCAAUGUGGAUAUCUUCAUGUCCAAUAGAGGGUGCAAAAACUACUAUGGGCGGAAGAAGUAAAGAAUAUAUAAAAAAAUUAUUAACUGCAGGUAUUGGAAAACGACCAAUGAUUUGGGUAUGUCACUCAAUGGGUGGUUUAUUAGUAAAAAGAAUGCUUGUAAAUGAAUGGAAAAAUGGUGAUCAAAAUGAUAUAUGUAAAAAUACACGGAGUAUAGUAUUUUAUAGCACUCCACAUCGAGGUUCUCGCGUAGCGGCAUUAAAACAAGCAACACAAAUGGUACUAUGGCCAUCAAUUGAAGUGCAAGAACUUCGUGAAGAAUCUCCGCAAUUAUUAGAAUUACAUAAUGAAUUCCUCGACAUGUUAAAAGAAUAUCCUAUAGAAAUCGUUAGUUUUAGUGAAACUAAAUCUACCCACAUAACACCAUUAAAUGUUCCAUUUCAGUUUGUUACUUCUAAUUCGUCAGAUCCCGGAGUAGGUGAAUUUUAUGAAAUUGCACAAGAUCAUUUGACCAUAUGUAAACCAGCUAGCAGACAUUCUUUCUUAUAUCGAAAACUAUUAAGCGUUCUAAACCGUCAUGUAACUCACGAAAAAUCAACUAUUUCUCCAAUUAUGGAACUGCUGUCAUUACCAAGUAAAUUAUUAUAA